UACCUAUCUAUCGCUUAUUGUCUCUGUUGAAAACCGGAUCCAGUUUGUACUUUUCACAAUAAUCUCCAAGCCAGUUAGUACCAUUUAAUUCAUAUCGUUUUGAUUUUAUUUUUCAAACAUUCAUCCUUGUCCUUUGAAUUUUAUUUCUUCUCCAUUGAAUUUUGAACCUGAAAAAAGGCAAGAAAGAAAAAAAAGGCGGGAGGAACACAGUCAAUUACAGCAUGUUAAACAAAUUAGCUCAUUUCAAUAAUUUGGUAGAUCCUGAAGACCAGCUAUCCUCAAAUAUCAUGGAUUUAUCUAGAAAAAUUACAUCGAAUGAUUCAUGGAAUUUUGAAAAUUUUUUAGCAUUAAAACUACCACAAAUUAGUCAUAAUUUACAGCAUAACAGUAACAAUACUACUACAACUACUAAUGAUAAUAACAAUAUUAAUAAUAUUAAUGAUAAUAAUAAUAAUAGCAGCGGAAAUAGAGGAAGUCAGCAGCUAUCAGCAAAAUCCUUAGCUUAUUGUACACCGAAUCCAGUGCCAAAUUUACCAGAGAAUAAUCAAGUCCACUUUUUAGAUUAUCGUGGAGCACAUUUGGCAGCAUUCACUGUCAAUGGACGUGAUUUAAUCUGUUUACCACAAGCAUUUGAAUUAUUUUUAAAACAUUUAGUUGGUGGAUUGCAUACAGUGUAUACAAAGUUGAAACGUUUAGAGAUUAUACCAGUUGUAUGCAAUGUUGAACAAGUACGUAUACUUCGGGGGUUAGGUGCAAUACAACCAGGUGUUAAUCGAUGCAAAUUGAUUGCCCCACAAGAAUUUGAUGUUCUGUAUGCUGAUUGUACAAAUUCAAGUUCUAGACCUGGACGUCCGUCGAAACGUUUGGCUGGCAUAGAAACACCAGUUCUUCAUCUAUUCAUGAUUCAUGUCAUUCAAAUAAUUUCGUGGAAAAAGAUACAGAAGAAUCCAAUCCAAAACAAUCACGUACCUGUUCCACUGAAAGUGAUAAUAGCAGUAAUGAUCAACAACAAACAGAUCCAAUGCCAUGGCUAA